AUGGUCAAAGUCGUCAUCUUCCUCAGCGCGUUGGCCACUGCCGCUUCGGCUGGCUCCGUCACGGAACUCCCCGAGUCUGUGACCAAGCUAAUCGACUAUUCCGUAAACCCCUGCGACGACUUUUACCAAUACGCGUGUGGUGCGUGGUUCAAGGAUGCUGUCAUCCCCCCGGACAGUCACUUAAUCGAUACGGCGGCCGCCAAGCUCACCAUCCAAAACGAAGCCGUGGUGAAGAAGAUUUUGUCUGACAACACGACCAAGAUUGGCGCGUUUUACAGCUCGUGCUUGGACACGGCUACGCUCUCGUCGCUCGGCCUGGCUCCGUUAGCCGACUCGAUCAAAGCCAUCCGGUCGGCCAACACCACGUUGAACCUCCUCGCUGUGGCUGGUGAAUUGGUCAAGUACGGCAUCCCUGCUUUCGUGGACAUCAAGGCCAGACCUGGUAACGCCAACGCAACCAAGAACGCCCUCUUCGGGUUACGAGCCCCCCUGCCACUGAGUCGAUGGGACUACACCGUUCCUGCUUAUUGGAAUUCGAUCAAAGGCGACUACGAGGUGUACAUUACGUCGGUGUUGCAGCUAGCUGGCUACACUGCCGAGCAAGCGGUGGCUGCCGUGCCGGUGAUCACCCGUUUCGAGCAAACUCUGGAGGGUUUCGCCCUCAGCAGACACGAAGAGAAGAAAGCCGAAGCGUCUCCGUACACUGUGUUUAACUACUGCGAACUGGAUGAGAAGUACCCGCUGCUUAUCGGUUCGUGGCUCAAGGCCAACGGCUUCAACGUCCGGGACCAGUGCGGUGGAUCGAACGACUGGGUGGGGUUUCACUACUUGACCUACUUUGACAAGACGGAAGCGUUCUUAAAGAACACGACAUUGGACGACCUCCGCACCAUCGUGGAGUACAAGCUCAUCCACGCCUCGUCCGAGUACCUGACCCCUGAGUUCCGCACGGCCAACUGGAACUUCUUCAGUAAGCGCAACCCUUUCAGUGAAGCAGUGGAGCCUACUCGUGCACAGUUCUGCGCGAAAGAGGUGGGCGACGUCUUAGGCGAGCUCCUGGGCCAGGAAUUCAUAGACGCGGUGUGGUCGCCUGGCACGGCCAAGGCGGUCGACGAACUGGUCGAGGCCUUGAAGUCGUCCUUCUCCACUGGCAUUGCCACCGCCGACUGGUUGGACAACUCGACCCGCGCCAACGCGCAAACGAAGCUAUCCAAGUAUGUGCACUUAGUGGGUGGCCCGGAGAAUCCGCAGCUGUACCCCACGCUGACGGUUGACUCGAAGACGUAUUUGAAGAACCGCUGGAAGGUGUCUCAAGUGAACAUCGACUCCAACUUGAAGCUGAACGGCCAACCCGUGGACAAGCACAAAUUCUAUACGCCUCCACAAAAUCUGGACGCGCGGUACUUGGAGCUUGAGAACAAAAUUUUGUUCACGGCCGGCAUUUUACAAGCCCCGUACUUUGAUCUCAAAUACGAUGCUGCCCAGAACUUUGGUGGCAUCGGGACGGUUAUCGGUCACGAAAUUACCCACGGUUUCGACCACCGCUUCCGUUAUUACGAUGGUGACGGCAAGUUGAAUCCGUGGUGGUCGAAUGCCACCGACAUUGCCUUCAACACGAAGGCCCAGUGCAUAAGCGACCAGUACGCCAAUUUUGUCGUCAAGAGCGACCUAACUGGCAAUGAGUUGGGCAAACUCAACGCCCGGGUGUCUUUGGGUGAAACCAUUGCCGACAACGGGGGGCUCAAGGCUAGUUUCCGUGCUUACCACGAGUACUUGAAGAAGUUCCCGUCGCAGUACACGGAAGAAACUGGCGACAAGUUGUUCUACUUGUCGUACGCCCAAGUCUGGUGCUCCAAGUACACUGAUAGCUUUCUCCGUGAGUCUUUGCACAGGAAGCACCCACCCAAUCGGAACCGCGUGACGGGGGCGUUGCAAAAUAACGCCGAGUUUGCCCGUGUGUUUAAUUGUCCCACCCACUCGAACUUGAACCCGUCCAAGAAGUGCUUGUUGUGGGAAUAG